AUGGAAAGAGAAAAAGUUGCAGUUAUCGGUGGAGGACCAGUUGGGUCCACUCUGGCUAUUAUUUUGGCUUAGAAAGGUUAUGAAGUUGAUUUGUUUGAGAAGCGAGAUGAUCCUUGCGAUGGCAGAUUCAAGGAGCAGGGUAGAUCCUUCAAUUUGAGUGUCUCAAUGCGCGCUCUUCAUGGCUGGAAAAGAGCCAAUGUCCAAGAGGAGAUCAUUAAGUCCAUGGUUCCAAUGUACAAAAGGUGCGUCCACAUGCCUGAUGACACUACUCACUACUAUCCCUACGGAAAGGAGAGUGACUGUGUACUCUCAAUCAGAAGAAGGUACAUUCAAGAAAUUCUAACUAGAAAGUUAAAAGGAAUGGAGAAUGUUAAUUUGCUCUUCAAUACUCAAGUUCAAAAUGUAAAUUUGAAGGAAACAACUUUUGAUGCUGUACUAUCAGAUGGCUCGAUCAGUCCAAGAAAGUACGCGCAAGUCUUUGGUACAGACGGAGCAUUCUCAGCGGUGUAAAAGGCAUUCCUCUAAACUAUUGAUUUCAACUACUCCAUUGACUUUGGUGAGUACGGUUAUAUUGAACUUGAGAUUCCCCCUGAUGAAAAUGGGAACUACAGACACAACCCCAACGCCUUCCACUUCUGGCCCAGAAAGCAGAUUAUGCUUGCUGGCCUACCUAACAUUGAAAACAACUUUACAAUUGGUCUCUUUAUGAAGCUUAGAGGCCCUAAUUCAUUUGAAGAGUUCAAAGAUUCAGACUAAUUUGAGAAGUAUAUGCACUCAAUGUUCAAAAAUACUAAGUAGUUAAUGCCUUACAUGAAGAAGGACUUUGAAAAUAAUCCAGUUGCCAGAAUAGUCAUCAUCAAAUGCUACCCAUGGGCUAAGGGUAACUAUCUACUUCUAGGAGACUCUGCUCACGCAAUGACACCCUUCUAUGGCUAAGGAUUGAACUCUGGACUAGAGGAUUGUGUCGUUCUAGAAAGUCUUAUUGAUCAAUAUAAUGGUCAUUGGUAAACUAUAACUAGAAAAUUCUAGGAGAUGAGAAAACCUUAAGCUGAUGCUAUUUCUCAACUAUCAUCCUCUUUGUUCGAUAUAAUGAGAGAGGCUGAUGUUGCUGAAGGCUAUCUUCUAGCAAGAGGACUUACUACCUAUUUAACCGAAGCUUAUCCAGGCAUGUUCAGAACUCAGUAGGAAUUAGUAUACUUGAGUCACGUUGAGUUUGCUAAAUGCCUAUCAUAUGGUAAAGUUGAAGCUUAGAUCCUCAAGGAAGUACUCUAAACUGUACCUGAAAUCAAGACUCUAAUGGCAUCUCGUCAAAGAGACCCAAAAGUCGAGAUGAUCCUUAAGAAAUACUUUGGCCUAUAUGAAUUACCAGAAGGGGCUUCAUAGCCAAAUGAACUGGAAGCAAUUUUGAAAUAAAGAGUAGCAGAAGAAUAACAAAACUUGACGGGAUAAGUCUAAUACUAAAUGCCAUUAUUUAAACAAUAGGCCUUUAACUAUUCAACAAAAAUCAGACCAACAUCAAUCUUAAAUGGAAACACUCCAAAGAGAAGUUUCCACGUAAGCAGCACUUCUGGAUUUGGAAUGAGAAAUAUGUUGAGAUAUUUUAGAUAUUUUAAGUGA